GCAAAAACCCUGCGCGCGCCAGGGCACGCGUCAUCGUCCAACGGGACGGACCCGGCUCCCCACUCGGCGGUGGCGGCGGAUGCGGAUGCGAUGGAAACGGAGCCUGAUUCCGAUGACGAUGACGAGUGGGAGCGCGUCGUCCCUGGGCCUGCUGCGACCACCGUCCUUCUGUCCUCCCAGCCCGCUGUAGGGAGCUCCGUCGGUGAAUGGUUCGUGGAGCGCUCCAAGUUCAUCCCUCUGCGCCUGA